AAUACUCAAUACGAAGCUCAUCCACCAUACCUAACUCAUCCACAAUGCCCGACACACUCAAGUUCAACAAGCUCCAUGGCAGUCGUGUCCUGAUCGUUGGUGGUACCUCAGGCAUCGGCUAUGCAGUCGCCGAGGGAGCCCUUGAAAGCGGCGCAUCUGCAGUCAUUCUAGCUUCCUCCAACCCUUCACGAGUCGAGACGGCCAUCUCCCGGCUCCAAAAGUCCUACCCGGACCUCUCAUCCCGCGCGAGCAUACCGGACAAGCAUGCGACCUCUCGGACGCCUCUAUGCUGGAGUCAAACAUCGAGUCACUUCUCGGCUUUGCGACCGAGAACGGUGCGAAGCCUCUCGACCACAUUUUCAACACGGCAGGCAGCAUCAAGGAAUGGCUUCUCUCGCAGACACAACACCCGAGAACCUUGCUCAGCUGCUGACGGUGCGAUUCUCUGCGCCGGCUAUGAUUGCCAAGCAUGCCGUCGCGGGUAAAUAUCUCUCUCCUUGACCCAGCUCCAGCAUCACUUUCACAAGCGGCUCCACCGUGGAGAAGCCCAUGCCUGGCCGAGCGUGCGGUUCCGGAAUCGCAUCUUCGCUGGUAGGUCUGACCCGCGGACUGGCUAUCGAUCUGGCGCCGCUGCGAGUCAAUCUUAUCCUUCCUGGAGCAGUCAACACAGAGCUUUGGGACCAUCUCCCGGCGGAGCAGAAGCAGGGAUCGGUCGAUUCGUUUGGCAAGUCAAUGUUGACUGGGAAGGUUCCCGGGCCGGAGGUGAUUGCUGAGAGCUAUCUGUACGCCAUGAAGGACGCGAAUUUGACGGGAGUCUGUUUAAGCACCAAUGGUGGGCAAUUGCUCGCCUGGCCAAGUGCUUGAGAGCAUGGACAGAGGUAUGCGAGCUACUAUCAGCCGCAUCGUCAGCAGAGCGCAUACAGCGCAUUGCGAGUGAUGUGGUGGUUGCUUGCUGACCGGGUCUGAAAUUUAAUCUAUAUAUGCGGGCACAUGAGACUAUUUCGAUGUCAGCGAUUGGCUCACCGAUACACUC